GUUCUCUCUCUCUAGAAAUGGCACAAGAGCCAAAGCCUUAAAUAAACGGGACUCAUUCAUUGAGGCUCCCUUGUAGUCGCCACCUCAUUUGCAUGCCUAGUUAUUCUCUCCCUCGUUUCCUCUUCACUCUUUUCUCAUCACACCAUUGAUUCUUUCAUUCAUUCAUUCACAUUGCAACCAAACCAAAGCCACACAAAAACUUCACACACCAUUAUAAGAGAACCCAACCAACCAGCCAAGAACAGUAACAACAACUCACAACCAACUCUCCAAAUCAUGGCAGUUGAGGCUCAGCACAUGAAUCUCUUCCCCGCGCAGUUACUAACCGCCAGAGAAAUGGCGAAACCGAAUCGCGCCUUCUACAACGCGCAAAUCGAAGGUGCUGUGGCUCUUCCUUCAACGGUGCUUCCGUUUCACCACGCCACCCUCUGCGACCCCAACUCCAUCAACAAAUCCGAUAGCGGCCUCACCUACCACAUCCCCCUCCCGAGGAAACGCUCCAGAGAUUCCGUAACCGAAUCCAACGUUGCUCCUCCCGCCUCCAACAAAAUCAAACUCUCCUCUUUCGACCAAGACCUCGUCUUCCAUUUCCAGAACCAGCAAUCGGAGAUCGACCGUUUCAUUGCGCAACACACGCAGAGUGUGUGGAUGGAGCUCGAGGAGCAGCGAGUGAGGCAAUCAAGAAUGUUGGUCAAGGCUAUUCAAGAGGCCGUGGCGAAGAAACUCAAGGAAAAAGACGAGGAGAUUCAGCGCCUGGGGAAGCUCAAUUGGGUGCUUCAAGAAAGAGUGAAGAGUCUCAGCGUGGAGAAUCAGAUUUGGAGGGAGUUGGCGCAGAACAAUGAGGCCACCGCCAACUCGCUCAGGAACAAUCUGGAAGAGGUGCUGGCUCACGUUAGCGAGGAGAACCGCAAUGACGGCGGGGUGGCCCCCGCCGAGUCGAGUUGUGGAAGUAACAACCGCGGCACGGAGGAGGUGGAAGAGAAUGAAGUUUGCGGUAACAGAAAGCAAAACGAUGGCGUUGUGGGGAGAAGGAUGUGCAACGAGUGUGGGGUAAGAGAAUCGAUAGUGUUGUUGUUGCCAUGUAGACAUCUGUGUCUGUGCACAAUGUGUGGGUCCACCGUUCACAAUUGCCCUCUUUGUCACUCUGGCAUUAAUGCCAGUGUCCAUGUCAAUUACUCUUAGCAAUUUACAGCAUCUUCCUUAUACCCUAUUUUACCUUUACACCCAUCGGAGAUAGUUACAGUAUUUUUUUUGGUUUUCUGUCCAAAGGACACUCACUGUAAGGAAGAAGAUUCAGAAAAAGGUAGAUGGUAGAAUUCUUUUGUUGAUUUCAUACAGUUUAAUUGCAUUUGCUUGUUCUUUCUUUCUAGAA